ACGUCGCGCCUGUCCUCCGGCGACACUUGCUCUGUUUUUGCAUUUCUUGGUGCACAGAACAGCGGCUGCAGGUAUGGACGUGUGUCUGAGCUCCGAGCAGCAGCCCGGGCGCCUGCGGGAAGCACCAUGCACCCCAGAUGGCUGCUUGGAGCCGGCAGUGGAGGGGUCUCUCCAGGAGGAUGGCACCGGGGGACACCCAGGAGAUUCUAACGAGAUAGAACCAUCUCUUCAUAGCCUCCAGAAAUUUGUUCCUACAGAUUAUGCCAGCUACACUCAGGAACAAUACCUGUUUGCAGGCGCGAAGAUUGUUAUCCAAGAAUCAAUAGAGAGCUACGGAGCCGUGGUGUGGCCAGGGGCUAUGGCUUUGUGUCAGUAUUUGGAGGAACACACAGAAGAACUCAAUCUCCAAGAUGCUAAAAUACUUGAAAUCGGUGCUGGACCAGGCCUUGUCUCCAUCGUGGCCAGUAUUUUAGGGGCUCAAGUCACAGCAACGGAUUUGCCUGAUGUCCUAGGAAACCUUCAGUAUAAUCUUUUGAAGAACACAGUAAAGCGUACGGCACAUCUGCCGGAAGUGAGAGAACUGGUUUGGGGAGAGAGCCUGGAGCAGCACUUCCCCAAGUCAAUGUUUUAUUAUGACUACAUUCUGGCCUCGGACGUGGUUUACCACCACUACUUCCUGGACAAGCUGCUCACCACCAUGGUGUACCUUUGUCAGCCAGGCACGGUGUUGCUUUGGGCAAACAAAUUCAGGUUCAGCACCGAUUACGAAUUCUUAGAUAAAUUCAAGCAAGUUUUUGAUACAACACUCUUGGCUGAAUUUCCAGAGUCAUCAGUCAAAGUUUUCAAAGGAAUACUAAAAUGGGAUUGAAUUAAACAAAAUGCCUUUCGAAACAUUCAGUGUCUUUUGAGCAGUGUUGGAAACUGUACUGUCAACAAAAGACUGUGAGAUCAAGAAGGUAGUGCAUAAAACCGACUUGUAUACCUAGAAUAAGC